AUUCUAUAUCUGGAAGAAAAUCGAUUACAAAAAAAAAUGGAAGAAAAAUAUGAGUAUCUAAAAGUAUGUAAAAUACAAAAAUUGGAAAAAAUAGAUUAUUUCUCAGUGACAGCGCAUAUCUGGACCGACGUACUCAACACCAUCAGCUAUUUAGGAAUAACUGUUUACUAUGAAUUUGAAGAUGAAUUACAAACUACCACAAUUAGUGUUACGGAAAUAACAGAGCGACACACCUCUGAAGUUAUAAGAAAAUGGAUAAAAACAAUUUUACAAAACUGGCACAUUGAUGAUGAAAAAAUAAUUGUUGUCGUAACUGAUAACGGAGCGAAUAUUAAAAAAGCAUUUAGAGAUACCUUUGGAUCUACCAGACAUAUUUCAUGUUUUGCACAUUCAAUAAAUUUAGUCGCUGAUGAUACAAUUAAUUUUCAAAAUGCAAUAUCAUUGUGCACAAAGAUUAAAAAUAUUGUCACCUAUUUUAAACAAUCUACUAUUAUUACUGAUGCGUUACGAAAGCUCACCCACCUUAAAUUAAUCCAAAGUAUUGACACACAAUGGAAUUCAACCUUUGGGAUGUUACAACGAUUUACUUCACUCUCAAAAGAAAUUGGAUCCAUUUUAUUAAGUUUUCCAGAUUCAUAUGAAAUGUUGACUGCAACCGAACUCCAAUUAGCAAACGAAGUUAUAGAAGUAUUACAACCACUUGAACAGCUUACAAGGGAAAUAUGUGGGGAACAACUUGUCACGGCUAGCAAAAUCAUUCCAUUGAUCAAUUGCUUAAAAAAUAAAAACGAAAAACUUCGUGAGAGUCUAAAAACGCCAACUGCACUUUCUUUAGUUGAUUGUCUUCAAAACUCUAUUUCGGUGCGAUUUGGGUACAUAGAAGAAAAUUCCAUUAUGGCAACUUUAACGAUUCUAAAUCCUAGGUUCAAGAAAUUACAUUUUAAUUAAUCUUUGUCAUGUUCGUAUGCAAUCGGUCGUAUUGCUAGAUAAAUGAGAAAAUUAGAUCGGACAAAUAUGUUUAAACAAUCUGAUGUUUCAGUUGCUGAAAUAACAAACAUGGAAAUAUCA